UUGAAGAAGACAAUCGAUCGAGAUGGCUCAACAAGCAACUGCAUCCUCAAGGAUUGCCUCUCUUAUUUUGAGAAUCUUGACCUUCAUUCUCUUGUUGAUAUCACUCAUUGUGCUGGCCACCAACACCAUAGGCUCCAGCGACGAUGACUCCAAAGUUCGUUUUACCGAUUUUUAUGCCUACCGAUACAUGCUUGCUACAAUUGUCAUCGGCAAUGCAUAUAGUCUUCUGCAACUUGUACUCACAAUCUUUAAUAUCGUAAGGGGCGGGGAUGGCAUGCCCUUCCUUGACUUCUUUGGUGACAAGUUCAUAUCAUACGUGCUAGCAACUGGUGCUGCUGCUGGGUUUGGUCUGACUGUAGACUUGAAGAGACUGAUGGACGCAUCUGAAGUAGACAUGCUCAACUUUGACGAUAAGGCCUUUGCAUCGGCUAGCCUCCUCCUCCUCGCAUUUGUUACCACUGCCAUAUUAUCAGUUAUCUCUGCCUACACUCUCCCAAAGAGAGUUUGAUUGCUGCCAACCGAAAAACGUCCCUUUAUUUUCAUAAUAUGUACGUACGUACGUACCAUCAAAUCAUAAAUGGAGACUUUGCGUAACCAAGAACUAAAUUUCAAUAAAAAUAAGUUUUUUUUUUUUUUUUUGGUGUGUGUGGGUAGGAUAUUGAUAUUGUUACACAAUUUGAUGAAAAGUUCCAUUGGAGAAUCAUCUCAAAUUUUAAUUUUAACUACAUAGUUGUGCCAACCAUUGGGGUCCUAAAUUGUGACAUGUUUUAGUACUUUAAUCUUAAA